CUGGCAGCUGAAUGUAUCUGGUGGUGCUGCCUUCAAAGCUCGUAGGAGCAGGCACGCUCGUUUUACGCGCACUACUCGCUUCUUCUCUGGGAGAAUUUCUUAUUUAUUUUACACUGCUUCAACACGAGAAUGGCCUCAGUAGUUCACUAAGUGAGUCUGUGUUUAGGUUCGGAGCUGCGGCUAUUAUUCAUAAAACAUAUUUUUACUUUAAAGACGCCAACAUGUCUUCGUCACUGACAGGAGCGGAGGAACGAGCAGAAGAAACUAUGGGUCUACGAGGGCGCAAAACACGGGCUUUUAAUCCUGCCCAUAUUUAGAUAAUUCAAGAUGCGUCUCUGCAACGCUGUGGCAGUCAUCGCCGUCGUGGUGUUUCCUCUGCUGCUGGAAUACACCACAUGUCAGAAUAAAGAUCUAAACGAUUAUGUGGAUGGAGACUGCCCUGUGAAAUUGACCUCAGUCCCAUCCCUGAAGUCCGGAGGGAUGUACUCUGAAGAUGUCACAGUUAUGGUUUGGGCGAAGGCUUGGGAUGCACGUAAGGCCCAGAAGAUUGAAAUUAUAACACCACGGAAUGUGAUAUGUCUUGGGAGGAAAAAACUGAAAAACAAGAAAAAUAGUCUAGACAUUAAAAAACAUGAUGAUGGGGUCAGGUGUUACAGGGUCGUCAAACAGCGCUUUCCACAGGAUUCCCCCCGUCAUUCUCAGUGGGAGCAGAUAUAUAUUGUCCAUGCUGACGUAAGGAGUUUCGUCUCAGUGGCGUACAGCACAACAUCAAUGAUAUGCACCGUCAACUACACAGUAUCAGAUCCCGUACCAGACUUUUAUGUGUCUGUGAAUCAGUCAUCUAAAUCCAUCACAGUCAGAGUGGAACCUGGACACAAAGUCUAUGCCAGAUGGUGUUACUUAAAAUAUUCAGGGGGCUGCACUGCAGGGGAGUUUCGUAAAAUUACUAUUGAUCCAUCUCAGUCUCAGCUGGGUCUUCUCAACAUCCCUUACCUCCUGCCCUGUGUCUGUGUGGAGGUAUAUUACACUCACACAGAUGCUCAGCGAGUCAAGAAGUGCCCAUUUCAUCAUGAAAGGCUUGAAGAUGUCAGCGAUGUUUGGUCGUCCUCUAGACUCACACCUUUCAAGAACUAUCUUCAAUGGGGCUCUGAGUGUCCGGCGAGGGACCUGCAGAUCUCUGCCUCCCUCUGCUGGAAGCAGCAUGAUUGCCUCUGCACGCCUGUUCUCAACCUCACACUGCUGGAGACAGAUACUGGAAACCUGAGAUACAACACAUCUGCUGUUGACAAACACCCUCAGAUGUGUGUACAGCUUUCUCUAGAAGGCAAUUAUAAUCUCUCUUGCCCUUUCCAGUCUGAUAAGUCUUCAUGGGAGGUGUACAUCACAGCGGGAAAGCAGAGUGUGUAUGUGUGUUUGACUUCUACUGUUCAAGCAGAGUUUUCAGCUCAACUAUGUGUCCUAAAUGAGAAGGGAUGUACACCUGUAGGCCCGGUCCAUUUUGCAGCCGUGGAAGCUCAUACUAAUGAGAAAAGCAUACAUGUUCCUAUGCACUCCCUUGCCGAGAAGCCGUGUGUGCAGGUGUGGCAGUCUAAGCCUGCACUUUCUGGGAGAAGAAUUCUGUGUCCAGAUUACACACACAACAGAUGGGGCAUGUGUGCUUUUGCUGCUUUGAUUGUUGUGGUUGUAAUUGUGACGCUGGGAAUUUUCAUCUACCGUCUUACCAAAAGAGGAGCAGCAGGAUGGCUCUCCAUCCAGAAGCCAGUGUUGCUGGUCUGCUCAUCAGAGCAGGCAGCCCAUGUCUCUGCUGUGUGUGCAUUAGCCUCAAUCCUGCAGGGGGACCUGAGUGCCACAGUGAACAUGGCUUUGUGGGCCCAAAACUCUCAAACACAAGCCGGGGCUGCAACUGGAGUUGCAGAUCUGGGUCCGCUUCCCUGGCUAUAUGGGCAGUGGGAAGCUGUGCACAAAGCUCAAGGAAAAGUGCUGAUUGUCUGGAGCCCUGAAGCAAAAAGGACACAUGAGGCGUGGAGGGAGGAGAGGACAACUAAAAGACAGGAGAGGCAACUAGAUGGAAAAAGACUUGAGAAAAACAAGGGUGAGAAAGUAGUAGGAGAAAAAGUUAAACAAUGUGAUGAUAUAGACUGCUACUCCCAGAAGGAGCCUUCUACAGUGAUAGCACCGGUGUUUAUGGCUACUCUGGCCUGCCUGGAGGGGGCACUGCAACAGGGCAAAGGUCAAGGAGUGGCCCUUGUCUACUUCCAGGGACUUGGCCACAGCAAGGACAUCCCAAAGAUCUUCAGAGGUGUCCCCCGGUACUGUUUGCCACAGGAUUUCAGGGGUUUUAUUCAGGAGCUGGGAGGGACGAGGAGACAAACAAAGACUGAUAAAUUCAAGUGGCACUGCUGGCCCAGACUCCUCUCUAAAGUGCUGUCCAUAUGGCUAGCACAGCAGCUGGCACAGAGACUACAAACAAUGUUGUUUCAGACACAAGAAAAGAAAAUGCAGGGAAAGAGUGUUUCAUUGUUACAAAAAAAGAAGUCAGAUAAGACACAGAGCGGGCUCAAGUUGCCAUCUCCAGUCAACAAUGAUAGGCCAGGUACUAUUCACGAGCACGAGCCACUCAACGUGUCACCAUGGAGAGUAGAGACGUUUUAAUCUCAAGUUUCUCACAGGGAUAGACUUUUGUGUUGCUAGACACAUGAUACAUGCCUGAGUCACAAGAGAUAGUGUUACAAUUUCAGCAUACCAAGACCAAACAGCCAAAACAACUUUACAUUCCUUGGUUGCAUCAUGUUAAAAUGCAACAGCUUUGCAUGUUAAGAGAAAUACUCUUCUUAUCUUGUAUUUUCUGCCUCCAACAUAACCUGCUUUUGUCAAUUUUCUGAUAAAAAUCGAAUGGAACACCUGUCUUACCUCUGCAAAAUGAGCUACUGCUAUGCAAAUUUAAUGUCAAUUUCUUCAUCAGUGUGUUCAGUGUUUGGAAGGGUUGUGAGCACAGGUGACAAACUGUGUGACUGCUAUUUACCCCUAAAACAUUUGCAUAAGAUUUCCUUAACAGCAACAUUGUGCCAAAGCUGUGAGAGGAUUCCUAAAGUUAAAGCAGGGCAGGUGAAAAGAGGAAAUGGCUUGAACUGAGGGGGCUUGACUGUUUGGCAGUUAAUCCUUGUGGUGCGUUCAGAUGUUUUACAUAUUUAUCCUAUGAGACUUUUACGAGUCAGUAUUGCCUUCAUUAUUGCAGACUUUGUUUAUCUGCUUCCCUAGUAUUAAAUAAUUGCAUAUGUACUACCUCCUAAAAACAGAAACCAGAUUAGUUCACAGAACUUUCUUAUUCAGCCAACAUUUGGUUCCAGUUUGAAGAAAAUGGUGUUCUGUGAAAUGUUCAAUGAUGUCUUCAUUUUGAAAAUGUUGUAAUAUGUCUUACACCAUGCAUAUUGUACAUUUUUUACAUACAAUAUAAAAAAAUGCUUCUCUUGAAAAAUGAAACAUUCAUAUUAAAGAGAGGAUAAAAAACUACAUCAUUAAAACCUUGUUUUU